AGCAGGCUAUGUACUGGCGGUGUAUUAUCUUGACCUUUCCAAGGCCUUUGGUUUGUCUCACCAUCGAAGAUGGCGGCGCUUCUGGGCUUGCGUGCGUGUUUCUCCGCCCUUCAGCUUUCUCAGCCAAGCCUCCUGCACAGCUCCUUCAGAUUGUGUGCUGUGCCUCUGAGCCGGCGGACCUUUGCUGCAGAGGCGAAGAAGACGUACACCCGAGAAAAGCCCCAUGUGAACAUCGGAACUAUUGGCCAUGUUGAUCACGGCAAGACCACCCUGACUGCAGCCAUCACAAAAGUGCUUUCUGACGCUGGUGGGGCCAGCUACAAAAAGUACGAAGACAUUGACAAUGCUCCAGAGGAGAAGGCCAGAGGAAUCACCAUUAAUGCCUCUCAUGUAGAAUACACCACAGCCAACAGACAUUACGCUCACACCGACUGCCCUGGUCAUGCUGACUACGUCAAGAACAUGAUCACAGGCACUGCUCAGAUGGAUGGGUGCAUCCUGGUGGUGGCAGCCACCGACGGCCAGAUGCCUCAGACACGCGAGCACCUUCUGUUGGCCCGGCAGAUUGGCGUCGAGCAUGUGGUGGUUUUCAUCAACAAGGCCGACGCCGUGGAUGACAAGGAGAUGCUGGAGCUUGUGGAACUUGAGAUCCGCGAGCUGCUCACAGAGUUUGGCUACGACGGCGAGAACACACCCGUUGUGAUAGGCUCUGCCCUCUGUGCCCUGGAGAACAGAGUGCCUGACCUGGGAGUGAAUGCAGUGAUGAAACUGCUAGAGAUUGUGGAUGAAUACGUUCCUUUGCCCAAGAGAGAGCUGGAGAAACCUUUCCUCCUGCCUAUUGAAGGGGUUUAUUCUAUUCCAGGCAGGGGCACUGUGGUGUCGGGCACCAUGGAGAGAGGAAUCAUCAAGAAAGGAGACGACUGCGAAUUUUUGGGUCACAAUCGCAGUUUAAAGUCUGUGGUCACAGGUAUCGAAAUGUUCCACAAGUCCCUGGAUCGGGCAGAGGCGGGAGAUAACCUGGGUGCUCUGGUCCGAGGCCUGAAGAGAGAGGAUGUAAGGAGGGGGAUGGUGAUGUGUAAACCGGGAUCCAUCAUGCCUCACCAGAAAGUCAAGGCUCAGGUGUAUGUUCUGAGUAAGGAGGAGGGAGGCAGACACAAACCGUUCGUCAACAACUUCAUGCCCGUCAUGUUCUCUCUCACCUGGGACAUGACCUGUCGAGUCACUCUACCUGCUGAUAAGGAAAUGGUGAUGCCAGGAGAGGACACAUCGUUGGCUCUGACUCUCCGCCAACCAAUGAUUCUGGAGAAAGGCCAGAGAUUCACACUGAGAGACGGAAACAGAACAAUCGGCACCGGCCUGGUCACAGACACCCUGACUUUUACCGACGCAGACAACUGCAACUGGGGCUGAAGGGAAACUUCACAAAGAGGGAGGGAGAGCUGGGGAGAUUGUGGGAUGGGGGGAUGGCAAAUGAGUGAAUUCUAGAAAUAAACAAAUACAUGAACACAUGCAUAGAUAGGACUCGAAAGAAUGCAUGACUCUGUUGUUCAGUUCCACCCAACCAAAAUACCUGUUAAGCACUAUGUGACCAGACUGUCAUAAAUCAAAUGUCAUUUGUGUAAUAAAAUGUAUUUAAUAAUAAAA